AUGUCGCGUCGGCCGGGGGCCGCGCGAGCGAGCUGUUUGUGCCGGACGUGCCUCGGGGAGGACGAGGGACCGUCGAAGAGCGGCGACAGCAAGUUCACGGCCGUCCUCAUCCCCGCGGACGUCCAGCAGCCGAUGCGCGAGAUCCAGUUCGACCACGGCCCUGACAGCCAGGGAUACCGGAAUUUCCUCGAGCACGUCAAGCAGCACAACCGGCACGACUGCGUGGGCAACUGCUACCUCAUGCGGCCGGAGUGGCCGCCCGUGCGCGGCGGCUCGAGGGCCGUGGCGCUGGUCAUACACGACUCGGGUCUGAUACGGAAUCUCCCAAUCAACAAACGCGCGUCGACGCUCUACGCCAUGGCACAGGGGCCGCACGAGAUCGCGGGGGACUGCUUCGCGAUCCGGUACCUCGACGACGUCGAGACCAGCGAAGUCAGGCCGCUCAGCAUCACGGUGGAUGAGGUGGAUUGCGUCAAGGUGAUGCGGGCCGUGAAGGACAAGGGCCCUCUGCCUGACUGGGCCGUGCAGAGGUGGCAGAGGUGA